AUGACGACCAAGAACCCACCUCAGUCAUUCAUAUCGAGCUAUGCGCCUCGAUUGCGCACUUACGCCAAUUCCCUCCUCACCCCCGUCAUCCAACCGACAACGACACUCGCUGCGCCCUUGUCCCGGACAACGAAGAGAGGAACAGUGGCCAUUAACUAUGCCGAAGAUGGUUUUGAUGACCUUGAUGAUGACGACGAUGAGGGAAGGAGAAGACCAACGGGGUUGAGAAGUAUACGAAGGGAUGAGUCGGGGCAAGCGAAGCAAGACCCUUCAGAGAAGGUUGGGAAAGAGGCUACAGGACCAGUUGAAGUACAAGGGAUUUGGAGGGACUGGAUGGGUAAAGCGAGACCUGCGAAGUCUGACAUGCAGAACUAUGCGCAAGCAGCGUUGCCCUUGACACUCAUACCAAUUCGAAUCGAUCUCGAUAUCGCAGCCUUUACCCCUCCACCACCUCUACCAAUACCUCAAGGUGCUGGCUAUUCUAGCCACAACAUCGACACCUCCCUACCAGUAUACAGACACCAAGAGACAACUGUGCCGUAUCGGCUCAAGGAUAUCUUCUUAUGGAAUCUCCACGAAACCUUGACCACCACAGAUCAGUUUGCACAGACUUUGGUGCAGGAUCUUGACCUACCCAACCGUGGACAGAUGGCGAAUGAAAUCUCCAAGCAGAUUCGGACGCAACUUGAAGAGUAUGCAGGUGUAGCUCUGCAUCCUCUAUUCCACUCUCAACAGACCUCCACAGCAAACGGCGUGGUGACAACAAUACAAGCAGGAGCAAGUUCUCGAGACGUCUCAUCUACCCCAGCUGCCAGUGGAAAUGCUACACCUCUGCGAACUGGAUCGAGCCAACUGAAUGGAAUUUCCUCACCUGCAAAGUUUGGGGCUGGCGGUGCUCCACAACCGGAUAUGAAAGCUACAGCCUCCAGCAUACCGCCAGAAUCGGACGAUUAUAAUCCAGACGAUAUGUAUCGAUGUAUUAUCUCCUUAAAUAUUAACCUGUCCAACCAUCUCUACACAGACAAGUUCGAGUGGUCACUCCUCCACCCCCCAGGGACAGCGGAAAUAUUUGCAAAGCAGACUUGUGCAGACCUCGGCCUUCCUGGGGAAUGGGUUCCAGCUAUGACUCACGCGAUUUAUGAAGCAGUGUUGCGACUUAAGAAAGAAGCCUGUGAGAGCGGGGGUAUAGUUGGUGGUUAUGGGGGCGAAAUACCCAACGAGGCCGCUAACGGUGCUGAAGCUGGUUGGAGAUAUGACAACGAGCAUUUAGCGGAUGAAUGGGAACCGAAGGUGGAGAUAUUAUCCAAGGAAGAGAUUGAGAAGAGAGAAGGCGACAGAGAAAGACAAAUCCGAAGAUUGAGACGCGAGACUGCGAGGUUUUCAUCAAACGCGGGAAUGAUGGGUGGCAUACCACAAGCUAGUGAGAAUAGGGGCUACUUUGAUGAACCAACAGAAGAACGAAUGGGCAGAGGCGAGCGAAGCAAGAAGAAGAGGCGGUUCAGAAGUCUGAGCCCGCUGGCAAGGUCUGGAACUCCUGGCGGUAGAGGCACCCCUGACGUCGGAGGGGCUACCGGAUAUGGUGGAGGCGGCUCUCUCAACGACUUCGAGCGAAAUACCUGGAGAUGUUCGCAUUGCAAGGUCUGGGGAACGGCCGUUUGGGCAGUCCGGGAUGGACCACAAGGCCCGAGAACACUCUGCAACAACUGCGGAUUCCUCUACGAGCGCGAUCGCAGGCUUCCUAAAUGGGCCAAGGACCUACAUAAGAGCGACGGGCGCGCCACCGACUACCGAUGA